AGUAUAAUUUUUGUUUAUAUUUUAUUAAAGCAGUUUCACACUUGACUAACCGAGUGGGAAAAAAUUUGACAGUCGUUUCCAACCUCACUUUUUUGUUGUUUGUGUAUGUUUGAAACCAUGUCAAGCACGAAAGGGGCCCUUUUCGUAUGUCUCGGUAACAUUUGUCGGUCCCCAAUUGCCGAAGCAGUCUUUUUGCAUUUAAUCAAAGAAAGGGGCACUAGCGAUCAGUGGAAAGUGGAUAGUGCGGGUCUUGGGGGUUGGCAUUCCGGUAAUUUACCCGAUUCACGCGCUAGAGCUACGUUAAAAAAACAUCAAAUUGAGUACAAUAACACUGCACGUCAAAUAACUCCUGAGGAUUAUUACGAGUAUGAUUACAUUUUCGGUAUGGAUAAAAAUAAUAUUUCCGGGUUGAAAAGGGACGCACCGUCGGAUUCAAAAGCUAAAAUUUUGUUAUUGGGGGAUUUUGACCCUGAAGGUGAUAACAUUAUCAGGGAUCCAUAUUACGAUUCCGGGUCUGAAGGGUUUGAGAAGUGUUAUCAACAGUGUUGGAGGUCUUGUAAGGCCUUUUUAGAUAAAGUACAGAACGGAGAAAUUUAGACAAUUAGUUAUUAAAAAUUUGUCUUGA